GCAGUUGUCAUGGAAAUAGAUGUGGGCCCGGCGUCGGCUCCCGGUGCUGUUGCCAUGGAGAUGCAUUCCGAAGCUGCGACGAAGGAUGUGAAAGAGAGCGAAAGCAUUGCGCGGCUGGAUACCGAGGAACGGCAGGAUCCCCAUCAGCACCCUGGACAGCAGCGACGCCGUGGACCGCCGUUCUGUGAGGAGAGCUAUUGCAUGCUUAUCGUUAUCGGGGAGAUCGCGACCGACCAUCAGCUACAGGCAGUGAAAGAGCACAUUAAACAGGGAAUCCGCUCGUGGGACAUCAGCCUCGCUUCCUGUGACCUGGACCAGCACUUGCAGCUCUUUGUGACACGGCAUUCUGCCCAGUUCUCCGCGGAGGUCAGAGGCCAAAGAACGCUACAUCAUAAAGGAGAUGCUCUUGAAACUGUUGUCUUAGUGAACCCAUCAGAAGAUACAGUUGUUUUUGAGGUCCAUUCCCUGAUCUGUGAUUCAUCUGCACACAAGUUACUGAUUCUGAGUGGCCAGAGCUCAGACUCAACUGGUGACCUCAUCUUGCAAAGUGGGCCGUUCACCUUUCAACGUUUCUCUGCCAUAUUCUCUUAUCUUGGGGUUAGUGGCCUACUGACUAGUUCAGACCCAGAGCAGCGGGCCCAGCUCACACUGUCCUGUCAAGGAGAGGGGAGCUGGAGCUCGCUAAGGCAACACAGCUCACUCAUCCCAGAGUUCUUGGACUACAGACUGAACCCGGAACCAGUGUUGCCAGAGAUGGAGGGUGUUACUGAGUUCACGGAGUACAUCUCGGAGACAGUGGAUGUCCCAUCACCCUUCGACCUCCUAGAGCCACCCACAUCUGGGGGGUUUCUUAAGCUGUCCAAGCCAUGUUGCUACAUCUUCCCAGGAGGACGAGGAGACUCUGCGUUGUUUGCUGUAAAUGGCUUCAACAUUUUGAUAGACGGAGGAUCUGAACGGAAGUCAUGCUUCUGGAAGCUUGUCAGACACCUGGACCGCAUUGACUCCAUUCUUCUCACCCACAUUGGUGCAGACAAUCUUCCAGGGAUCAAUGGACUCCUCCAGAGAAAGAUAGCCGAGAAGGAUGAGGAGCACUCUCAAGGCUCUGCUACCUAUAGGGACUGGAUGAAGAAUAUGAUCUCACCAGAGCUAGGGGUGGUGUUUUACAAUGUACCAGAGAAGCUACGAAUGUCCGAGUCAACAUUAAAGGUGAAGCGGAGCAUCGAAGAGGCUUCACUCACACUUCAGUACCUUACUAAACUGGGAAUUAAACCCGAACCUCUCUUCAGAGUGGUCAGCAAUACGAUUGAGCCCAUUACACUUUUCCACAAACUGGGUGUAGGUAGACUAGACAUGUACGUUUUGAACCCAGUGAAGGACAGCAAGGAAAUGCAGUUUCUUAUGCAGAAAUGGGCAGGGAAUAGUAAGGCAAAGACCGGUAUUGUGCUUCCCACUGGGAAGGAGGCAGAGAUAUCUGUUCCCUACCUGACAUCGGUCACUGCUCUUGUCGUGUGGCUCCCUGCCUGCCCCACAGAAAAGAUUGUUAGAGUCUUGUUUCCUGGCAAUGCACCACAAAACAAAAUAUUUGAGGGACUUGAAAAGCUAAAGCAUUUAGAUUUUUUGAGAUACCCAGUUGCUACUCAAAAGGACCUAUCUUCUGUGGCUCCUUUACCAGUAAUAAAGCAGACAAAAGUUAAGCACAGAACUGAUAGCAAAGAGAGCCUUAAAUCAUCCCCUAAGAUACAUGGUAAGGUUUCUAAGAAAGAAGCUGAGGAGGAUGCAUCAGAAACCAAGAGUGACUCUGCAAAGGAAAACAAAAUUGAAAAGAAAGAGAAGAAAUUAAAAGAGUCUGACAAAAUUACUAAACCCCUAAAAACAUCUGACCCAGUAAAGCUGGAAAAGAAGAAACUACUGAAAGAGAAGUCAAUUAAAAAGCCAACUAAGGAGAGGGUGUCCAAGAUAGAUGAGAAGAAGGAAAAAGAAAAAAAGGAGAUCAAGAAGGAAAGGCGUGACGUUAAGAGAGAUGACACGUCUAAAAAAGAUGAGAAAAAAGAUGUCAAGGUAAAGGAAGACAAAAAGAAGGACACUGCAAAGACUGAGCUUAGGAAGCUCACCAAACCUGAUCUAAAGCCCUUCACUCCAGAAGUCAGGAAGACUCUGCACAAGGCUAAGGGUCAUACAAAACCCAAGACCGAUAAAGCCAAAGGUAAACCAGUUCAAGAACAAGCCACUGGUCAAGCAUUAACUGCUGAAGAGACACCAUCACUAUCAGAAAUGCCAACCACAGUGGAGAAUCUUUCCAUUGUCUCCUCUCCAGAAGAUCUGACCAAGGACUUUGAGGAACUUAAAAGAGAUGAAAUUUCAAAACAGGAAGCUGAAUCAGUUCAUGAUAAGGCUCUUGUAAACGACGCUGUAAUUGCAAGCCUUCCUACUGAGACUGAAAAAGAGCAAAUUGUCCCUCAGUCUGAUUUCACACAUGCGGCAGAAUCCCUAUCUGAGGCAAAGCAGCCUUCACAUCAGCAGCCAUCAAAAGAUGAAGAGAAAUAUGAGAAUGUGGAUGCAACCAUGAAGUCUGAGAAAGUAAAGAGUGAUCUGAAGAUGGGGGAACCAGAGGAAAGUGUCAGGGUCGCUGAGGCAGAUGACAUGAAACUGGGGAAAAUAAAUGAGGAUAAAGAAAUACAAAAAUAUGAAUUUCAAACAACCAAAGAGGAAACGGAGUCGUUGAAGAGGGCUAAACUUGAGGAAGAUUUAGAGGACAAGAUGAAGAUAGCUGGACAAGCAGAAGCUGAAAAGACAGGGAAUCUAAAUACAAGUGAUAAAGCGCUGAAAAUUGACAAUGAAGACAAGGAGGAUUUUGACAAAGACUGGAAUAUUCCGCCUCCUCCAGAGGAGCAUUAUGCAGCCAGAAAGGAGGAUGAGACUCUAUAUCUGCCCAACAUAGGCAGUGUGACAACUGCAGGAGACCAUGUUUCCUUUAUACAAGAUGAGACUAUUCCAGGAUAUUCUGAAACUGAACAGACUCUUUCCGAUGAGGAAAUUCAUGAGGAGACUGAAGACAGAAUAUCACACCUGCACUAUGAAAUGAGCACCUAUGACAUUUCUGUUCCUGAUCAGCCAGGUUCCUAUGAUGCCAUCCAUGGUAUGAGAGAGAUUAAAGCAACAGCUGGGCCCGUGGCAGGGAAUUUAUCAGCAAAGAGUUUUAUGGGAGGUCCAGAUCCUGCAUUAGCAGUGUACUCUACCAGCAUUGUCGCAGCACCCCUAGCAGAAGAGGAGCAUGUCUCUUUGGCUACUUCCAUCACAGAGUGUGAUAAGCUGUCAUCUUUUGCUACCUCUGUUGCUGAGGAUCAAUCUGUGGCAUCUGUAACAGCAACCCAAACGGAAACUGAAACCGGUAAAAGCUCAUCACUCCUGGAUGUGGUCAACAGCAUUCCAUCAUCUGCCCACACUGACGCUACCCAGGGAAAAGAGUACCUACACUCAGCAGGGACUAUUUCUCCUACUUCCUCCUUAGAAGAGGAUAAAUGUUUUAAAUCGCCACCUACUGAGGAAUACCAACCCUUUGUGCAUGGGACCGAGAAUGGAGGAAAUACCAUACAUGUGCAUGAUGAGGAAGAUGAAGAGGAGGAGGAAGAUGAGGACCAAACUCCUAAUGUGGACAUUCCACUUAGCAAGCUCCAAGAAGGAUAUGCAUCCCCACUGUUGUUUAACAAUACAGAGAAAUAUUUUGAAGCUCCUGCAUCAUCCUUGACACAAUCAGUUGCAGUAACUGCAGCUGAUCUAAAAUCUAUUUCAUAUCCAGUUGAUAUUCAGGCUCCUUUUUUCAAAGCUGAUGCUAUGGCAAUUUCCUCAAGGAUAUCUCCUCCACCCUCCUUUGCCUCAUCAAUCAAAGAGUCCAUUCCUUUCCCGGAGACUGAGGAAAGAUGCCUCAGCCCAGAAGACAGCACCAUAAAAAUGGCCUCCCCAUCACAGUCUGGACCAACCAGUCCAGGUUCCAUAUCUUUCCAGAAGUUCCCUGAAGGGGAGAAGAUUAAAUCACCAUUUGAGCAACAGCACACAAAGCAGGAGACAGAAUGUGAACAACGGGCCACCACAACAUAUGAGAGUGGUGAUCAGAAUGGAAAGACUGGCCAGAGCCCACAGGAAUAUGACCAGCACAAGUAUUCACCACUUCCAGGUCUGAACAAAGGGCUAGCAUUGGAAAAAGACACAAAGCAGACACCUAUUGCAUACGAACAGGAGAAAGACAAAGACACACAGUCUGAUGCAGAAGUGAAGGCAUCACAUUCUCUACCAAAGAGCACUGUAAGCGAAAGGAUAAUGUUUGAAGAAAGUGAUAACGAGACAGAAGGGGAUUACUAUGAGGAUCUCAGAGGGUACAAUAAAACUAAAUACACUGAGGAAAGAGAGAGUCGAUUCCUAGAUGAGGAUGACAUUCUUGAGAGAAAGGAGUCCACCAAAGACAAAAAUAUGAGAGAAGCAGAAAAAGGACAAGAAAACAAAAGCUCUGUUACUUCUUACUUGCAGCCCACAGUGGAUACCUCUUUAUUAGGUAAAGAACAUGAAACUCAGGAUUUGUACUCAGACGAAGAAGAGGGAGUUAAACACACUGGUGGAGCAGGGUCCAGACCAUUAUCACUGGAGUCCAACCAAUUAGAUUUACCAACAUAUGAUCCCUCAUCAAAUCUUUAUUCCCAGAGUGCCCUAACAGCUCAACUAGACCAUUGUGCUGAAUCAUCACUUAAGGAGAAGUCACUUCAUGCUGAUCAUAAAGAACCGUUUACAUGCACACAUGGAAAUUCAGCGGGACAAGACCAAAGCGUAUUGCUUAAUAAGACAGAGGCUACAUCAGAAGCUGCACACUGCCGGUCUACUAGUACUUUUAGUUAUAAUGUAUCUACUGAUUUAGAAUUUUCAUAUAUGGAAAAAAAGGACAAUGCAGGAACCGCCCAGCCUCAAUCACCAUGUUCAGACAAAAGGGAAGAUCGCACCAAAGAAAGAGUGUGUGAUACUGUGAAAAUAGAUGAGAAAACAGGGAACGAGGCAAAGUUUGAAAAAGAGAGUGAACAAGACACGUCAUCACACUUUUCGUGUUUUUACCAAGAAACAGAUACAAAGCAAGAAUCCCCAGGCAAAGAUGAUUUUAAACUUUUACAGGAGGGUGACAGUGAAUUAAAAUAUUAUCCUGAUGAAAAGCCUAUCAUGAAGGAUUAUGAAUUUGGUUUUAAGGAGGAACGCCACCACUCAGGUGGACAUGAUCUGUCAGAAGGUGGAGAGGACACCAAGACACUUAAACAGUCAGAUAUUCUGGGAAAAUCUGAAAGUUCAUCUGGAUUUUCUGUGUCAUGUUCUCCCAGAGAAGAGACUUUGCCAGUUAGCAGGGAUUAUUUAUACUCAUCACCCUCAGCAGAGACUAAGGAGGGUGUUCAUUUAAGUCCUUGUGCCUUCCUUGAACAAAAAGAUCAUGACCAUGAUACAUUCAAGCAGGAAGAGUCUAAACAGGAAGUCAGACAAGAUACUCCUUAUGCAUCUGUCAAGAGCUUUACAUACACAGAGAUGUAUGAAAAUAAAACAGCCGGAAAAAUCGAUCCGUACUCAUUUGCCUUAAGUGAUAAGCAGGUGCACCCUGAUGACUUGUCCACAGAUCUAGACAAAGUGAAAAAAGUAGACAGCUCACUAGAGCAACAAGAAGUAAAGAAUGAGAUGUCACCAAAGACUGAAAAAUUAUUCUCUGGCAUGGACAGCAAAAAAGAACUAUCAUCAUCAUCAUGGGAGCAACGUAAUUUGGAGUCUCAGCCUUCAGUGGAUGCUUUACAGAAGUAUGGUGUCAGUGAAAAUCAAUCCAGAAAGGAUGAAAUCGUGAAAGGGGAGGAAACUACUGCCUCAGAGAAAAGGAAAGAAUACCCAUUUGAUACUGAUGUCAUGAGUUCUUCAAGUCAGAUUUCUCUUGGGCAAAAAGACCUCUUUGCUCCAAACCCUCAAUUUGACAGCCAUGCCAGUAAGUCAUCCCAGAAGCCCCCAGAGCAGCAUUUAGGUGUUCAUGCAUCUGAGUACUCUUGCUCAAGUCAGUCCAUGAUGCACCACUUUGAGAAAGAAAAGGCCCCAAUCAGCGGAGACAUGAGAUUAAUAAUGGGUGAAGAUGAAGAAGAUGAGGAUGACGAUGAGGAAGAAAGGACAGGAGAAGACACCAGUGAUUCCGAUGUCGAAAAAGGCUCCAAAGAGAGAUCUGAGAAGGAAUGUGUAAGCCCGUAUGGUAAAUCUGCUGGAAUAACACACCCAGGAAUGAAAAAAGAUGAUGAUAAUAGCCAGACUUUCACAUGCAAGCCUGAAGACAGCUUUGACCUUCAACCAAAACCUUCCUCAUCAGAACUUUUUGGAUCCAACAGCGACAGCCAUAUGAAACACACAAAAGCUGAAGCUUUUGAAAAGAAAAGUAGAGCUGAUACUGGUUCUCUCUUCACUGGAAGCUACACUGAAUUGGGAUCCUCGGGAUUUAAAGAGAGGCCAGAAUAUGUUUUUUAUGGAGACAGCAAGGAGUCUGAUCUUGGCAGUCAGUUAGGGAUCAAAGACCAGGAAAGUUACAGCUCUGAUCAAUCAAGUAAACAAUGUGAAGAAAAGCUGUACCACAAUGAAAAAGAUGCUGAGUCUGAAAAGCAGAAGACACCUGAGAGUAGGAGAGCAGGGGACAUUGACCCCUUGGGUUUUACCUACACCACUACCUUUGCCACAGCAUACUCUUCCUCCUCAUCUUACAGUUACUCCUCCUCUACCCCAGUUUCCCUUUCAACCAGUCGUCAAUUUGGAGAGGAACUAGAAACACCUGCCACUGUCUCAGACUCCUUCAAGCUAGAUUACGACAGUGCUGGUUUAGACUAUUCUUCUUUCAAAGAUGAACACUCCCUUGUGAUGGAUUCUCCAUUUUCAAGUUCUGGGGGUUUAAUGAAAGACGAAUACCUGGAGGUGUCUGAAAAGCUGAUGACGGCUACCACAACUGCAGAGUCCACCUCAAGCCUCACCAAAUUCUCACCACUUAGUCCUUUUGAGGAGGUGAAAGCCUUCCCACCUACCACUGUUGUUGUAGAUGGCAAAAAACAGAGUUCAACAAGCACCAUAAAGGAGAAGGGACCACAUGCUGACAUCUUCUAUCACCCUGAAUGGACUGAUGAUUCCCGGUUUGGUGCUGGAGAGUCUUACUCCAACUUGUUGCACUCUUCAGGGAUGGAAUCAGCACGGGUAUUUCAUGAUGUUUCAUCGGUGAAGCCAGAAGGUUUGGAUAAUAAAUAUCUUUUGGAGGAGGCUGGAGAUAGGAGCAAAGAAACUCAUGCAUUCACAAAGCAGCAAUUCACUGUUAUAUGCCCAAAGGAAAGCCCCAGUGUACUGACAUCAACUUCCCCCCAUCAACCGAUUUCUUAUGCACCUCCUUCCCAACAAUUCAUGCAAUCGUCAACAGCAAAUGGGCCCACUGAGGUCAGCUUAAGCCCACCUGUAGCUCCAUCUGCAACAGCCCAGAGACCCAGUGUUAAUGAAUCAGCUUUGUGUGAAGCAAGGAGGACUGUGGAGGAUGAAGAAAAGGAGAGAGAAAUUAGAAGCAGAUUUGAGCCAGAAGCACAGAAUCUGCCUGGAGCAAGUCCAGGGGCUCAUACAAUGCAUUAUAAAGAGGAAGGUGAAGCCAAGGACAAACACCAAGAGUUUGAUUGUCCACCACGCCCUCUAACCUUGGCAUCAACCAAUCAGACAUUUCAUUCCUCCUUCUUCCCAGAAGCACUGAGCGACUCCGGAAAGGAUACUGCCAUUCCUCAGGAUGUCUGUACAGGGGCUGCUUCUUACGCCUAUUCAACCUCCACUGUUUAUUCAUCCUCUGAGUACAAACACCGCAAAGGAGAGAUAUCACCCUCCUUCAUUAAUCCAAGUCCACAUGGAUUUUCCAGUGACGAUGAAGAAGAAGAUCCUGGGAGCCACCAUUCACAGGAACAUGAUAACCAGAAGAGCAUUUCUAUGAUGAAGUCCUGCAAACAGGAAGACCACCAUGUCCCCAGUGGAUUUGGAGAUGGCAGUGGAUCUCAACAUCUUCCUGGCACUAUGGCAGCUGGAAUAGGCUUAGCUGGAGAGGAGACUCCGCCCACUUCGGUAAGCGAAUCCUUGCCCUCCCAGUCGGACUCUGAUGUGCCACCCGAGACUGAAGAAUGUCCAUCAAUCACUGCCGAAGGCAAUCUGGACUCAGACGAAGACACUGAACACCUGCCAGUAGAUAGAUUAUCUUCAGUUACUGGUGGAGGAAAUCCCCAUUUACCCUCACCAAGAUCCUCUCAUAGGGUUCAGGAUCCCCCACCUGUACCCCCGAGGGACCCCUUACCCCAUCCCCCACGCCCUGAUGUAUGCAUGGUGGACCCAGAGGUUUUGUCUAAUCAGCAAAAUUAUGCAGACAAGUUGCCCAAAAAGGACCUAAAGACCAACAAAGGCUUAAGAAAGUCACUUGGAAAGCCAAAGUCUGCUUCCCCAGUUCGUAAAACUGAAACAAAGGCGAAGAGAUCACUCACCCCUAUCAAGCAAGCUUCUAAGGAUUCUGUGCCACGUUCAUCUUCAUUGAAAAAACAAGAUUCAGAAAAGAAAUCAAAACCAUCCAAAACACAUGACAGUCAAGGAUCCAGAGGUGAGGACAAGGACGAAACAUACAGGUCUAGUCACAAUCCAGGAAAAGGACUGGUCAAUGGUGUGAAAAACAGCACAGGUUCAAGCUCUCAGAAAACGACUUCUGGUUUGUCCUCUGCCUCGCCCAUUUACGUGGAUCUGGCCUACAUCCCUAAUCACUGCAGUGCCAAGAACGUGGACCAAGAGUUUUUCAAGCGUGUGCGCUCCUCUUACUACGUAGUGACCGGGAAUGACGCGAGCUGCGGAGAACCGAGUCGUAGCGUUCUGGACGCGCUGCUGGAUGGCAAAGCCCAGUGGGGCACCAACCUCCAGGUGACUUUGAUCCCCACACAUGACACGGAGGUGACCCGAGAGUGGUACCAGCAAACCCAUGAGAGGCAGCAGAAUCUCAACAUUAUGGUUCUGGCCAGCAGCAGCACAGUUGUCAUGCAAGACGAGUCAUUUCCUGCCUGUAAGAUUGAGUUUUGAGCUCCUACCAGCCCCCUUGUUUUCAGGCUCUUUCAUGUUAUUGGCUUCUCCAGAGCUGGUGGACAGAGACUCACAUACUGUUUAGCCAAGCAAAACCACUUCAAAACCACUCCAUAUAUAUUUUCAUAAUGAAGGUCAUGUGUGGUAUAAUAUUACAUAUUUCCCAUCUGAUUCCUAAUUAUUGCCAUAUCUUAGUUCCUGACAGAUAGUUAAUGUACACAAAUUUCAUGGUACGGAGGAUUUAGCAGACAGGAUCUAUCACGACUUAACUCUCUGAGGUACCAGAGGCCAUUCCAUGGUGGCGGGGCCAGCAACGAACAGUGUAUAUGCACAGAAUUCUGUAAUGAACAGCACAAAUCACAAUUCACUCAUAUAGAACCUGAUUAUUUAAAUACCUUCAAAGUAAUUUGAAAGCACCUUCAUAUCAUACCUACAUACCCACAAACCGAAGCUGAACCCUGGACAUACCCAUUAACAAAGUUAAGGGGAAAGAUUAGCUUUGGGGGCAAAAAAAUAUGUAAACCGAAAACCUUAACAGACAGACUGAAAACAACGAACGAACCAGGGUUUUGACUAAAUGCUUAAAAAAGGUUCCUUAUCUGCAGCUUUUUAUAUGGUGAAGCUGAAAUGAAUUUGUGCCGCGUAUUGCAAGUUGCAAAGUGUUUAAUGAAUAGUCUUGGUUUGUGGUUCAAUAUAAAAAUGGAUGUAAUUAUUAUAUUGAUAAAUGUUUAGAGUCAGCAAUUUGGUUCUUAUGUAUGUAGAUCAUUGUAGUCUUAGGCAGGUAGUUAGAACUGAGGUCAGUUUUCAAAAGUAAUAGACAAGAAAAUAGUAAAAGCAAAAUAAAAAUUCUGUUGUAUGGAGUUCUGCCCAGACUCUCAUAGUCAUACUACAUAAAUACUGCAGAUUUAUUCCCUCCCAGCUUUACUGAGGUGGACUGUAUGUUUUGGUCUACUUGGCUUUUUCUGCAGGUUGCUGUGCUCUGAUCUUUGUGCUCCUUCGGUUGAGAUUAAAGACUAUUAGAAAGACACUAAAAGUUAGACUAAAUGCUUGUGUUUUGAUGUUGAGCUACAGGUUUCACAUGGAAAGCGUCCGAAAUCGCAUACUUGUAGUAUGCGAAAUAUAGUAUGCGAAGUAUGUCUGAAUCCUCAGUAUGGAUGAGACAGUAAGCGAAUGGUAUCCGGAUGACAUACUACAUUCUGCGAAAUUCCGAAAUGUAAAACCGAUGGAUGCUACACUAUCCCACAAGGUCACUGGAGCAGCAAAGACCGUCAAAAAUUUCUAAUCUCAUAGCUUGACAUAGUUUUUAACUUUCACUGGGGUCAAGCUAAAUCAUUGGUAAAUAUCUGAGUCAGGUAAUAUGCAAGAUGGUGACCACAGUCUGUCUGAGUGCAUGCAUACUGCUCUCAUGCAUACAUACGGUACAUACUACAUUAAUGGUUGAGUAGUAGGCUUCAAAUGAAAUUCAGUAUGUAUUGUGUAAAUAUGCAAUUUCUGACGCAUCUAUAGUGUAUCUGACCUUGCAUUUAUUUAGGUGAUUGUAUGCAAUGGGGCUUCUUCAGUAGCUUCAGAAGCUGGAUAUAGACUACAAAAGACUAAAUAUGUCUAUGAAAUGUGCGUAAAACACAAGAUGAAUAAUGACUACUGUGAUAAAGUGAUUUUGUAAGGAUGUGUGAAGGCAAAUUUUACUUAAGAAUGAGCAGUUGAAGGAAGUUGUUUUACCUGCUUGUUUACGCUAUGUUUACCACUGUCCAAUCAGUGGAUCUGCUGCCUCCUUUACAUUUCCCACUGUCCAAUCAGUGGAUCUGCUGCCUCCUUUACAUUUCCCACUGUCCAAUCAGUGGAUCUGCUGCCUCCUUUACAUUUCCC